AUGGACGGGGAAACUGACAUCUUUUCCCGUUUGGGCAGCAAAUUCGCCACUGCUCUAGGGGAAGUAGGAAACCAGCUAAGACAACAUGCCAAACAAGCGACUCGUGAAAUAGGAUUCUCUAUAGACACUCUACAGUCUCCCUUUUGUGGAAACCCAGGUGAUGUGCAGUGCUCCUUGUUCUCAUUUAUCGGCACAAAUUCGUCAAAAUCGACAAAUAUAAACAUUAGCGGGACUUAUACUUUUGAUUUUGACGUAAGGUUUCAUCCCAAAGAGAUUGGCCUAAUUGUAGUUAGCCUAGGACGUGUUGACAGAAGUGACUUCAAGUUUGCGUGGAAACGUUGUCUAAAGAGCUACGAAACACCGCUUGACAAUGUAGACGGAUGCGAGUAUAGGUUGAACGCUGACGAUGUAGGUGCCACUAUAGUGGUAACAUGCUCUAAUUUUACCACGGGAGAGGUUGCCGUUGCCGAAAUCGGGCCUGUAGACAUCGAUGUCAGGUCAAAACGCUUGAUUCAGGAUGCAUUGUUUAACAACACAUCAAGACAUCCCUUGUAUCUACAGGCUGUUCAUGACUCUGCAAAGACAGACAUCCAAUACGCCGAACAACGGGGUAACGGUAGCAAUCGCUACUUGCUUUACAUCCUUUUGGAGGAGCUUAUGGUACAACCAGAGGAAAUGACAUCGCUGUCAUCCAACGAUCCUAGAGUUUAUAGAAGCAGGUUUUCAAGUAGCUACCCAAGGGUCCGUUUAGACCCUGGAAACGACCUUGUUUUUUUUAUAAAAAUGAAUGAGAAUGUAGAACUAGAAUUUAAAGUGUACAGUAGGCAACAAAGGGACCUGAUUGUGUUGAUGGUUAGGGUCUUUCAUAGUCGUACAUUGCUGCUAAACAGCUUUGAGUACAAUUCAUUGGAAUUGACCAGAGAUGGUAGACUAGAUACCGUCGUUAAUAACAAAAAUUUUAACAUGAACGCAAUGUUACAAAAGCUAAACAACGAGCUUUCAGUCGCUAUUGAGGAUAAUAAUCGGUUAAAGCGCGAAUUACACCAGUCAAAACAGGAGAAAACAUUUUUAGAGCUUGAGAUAAAGAGCACAAUCCAGGUAUUUCAACAGCAAAUUGCAGGUGAUGCCAAGGACAUCACAUGCACUGAACUUUCUGGUCCUAAUGUAACUAGAAGUUCUGAAAUUUCUAGGCAGACUACCAACGCAUCCGGUGUAACAAGUGCGGAUAUUGAGGAGAUGAGCACAUACAACAAGGACCAAUCUGAGGAUGUUUAUGUGGAGUUAAUUAACAGAAACGCAAUGUUGGUUGAGCAAGUGAGCAGAUUGAGUGCCGAGAAUGCAAAUUUACAAGCAGAGAUUGAUACAGUCACUAGCGAAAAGAAUCGCCUACAGAAACAUUCCCAAUGUGUGCUGCAGGACUUUGAGAAGCUCAAGAAUGAAAAUUUAGAGUUAACAAAGACUAUGGGGGAGCUAAAGAAGAAGAUUAGAAAGUUGACCCUUGUUACUUAA